GCGUCAUAUCAGAUGUAAAUGACGUUAAAAAGUACAACAAAGGAACUUAUGUUGUGGACAUUGUUUCACAACUGUUUGAAUACAGAGAGAUGGCUUGGCUGAGGAGAUCACCUGAAGCUGAUGUUUCAAAGUUUAUUUGUGAUUGGGUUAAGUUGGUACACAUGUGCAAGGAUGCACACUCUCAAAUUUUCAAUAUCAUAACAAAGGGUCAAUCAGGCACACUGAAUAGGUCUAUUGAAGAGAGUUUUACAAUACCUUUAAAACCUUUCGAAAGUCUAGAGGAAUUGAAGGAUUUUGUAUAUCGCUGGCUACGGUUUGCAAAAAUCCCUCCAAAAGAAUAA